AUGCUCGUUGACGAGCUUGGCGAGGUGACAAUUUCUAACGAUGGAGCGACCAUUCUAAGCAUGCUUGAAGUUGAGCAUCCGACGGCCCGCAUGCUUGUGGAGAUGUCUCGUCUUCAAGACAAAGAGGUUGGAGAUGGAACGACUUCCGUCGUUCUUUUAGCAGCCGAGCUAUUGCGCCAAGCCAAUGAGCUCAUAAAGCUAAAGAUCCAUCCUACCACAAUUAUUUCUGGCUUCCGCUUGGCACUUCGCGAAUCCUGCAAAUUUAUAGCAGAAAAGCUGGCCAUUCCGGUCGAUUCCCUUGGAAAAGAUACCUUGAUCCACGUAGCACGUACCUGCCUGUCUUCAAAGAUACUUGGUGCUGGUGGCCUUCCCGACGAGGAAGCUUCAUCGUUUUUCGCCAAAAUGGCUGCAGAUGCAAUAAUGGCGGUUCGCACGCCCGCUGAUGGAGGCUCAUCCAAAAACGCCUUCAAAUAUCCUGUUAAUGGCGUGUCCAUUUUAAAGGCUCACGGCCAAAGUCAACUAGAUUCAUUUCUGGUGAACGGAUAUGCGCUCAAUUGCGUCGCUGCGUCCCCGGCUAUGAAGAGCAGCAUCAAAAAUGCCCGCAUUGCUUGUCUCGACUUUAACUUGCAAAGGAUUAGGCUUCCACUUGGGGUCAAUGUUUUGGUAUCUGAUCCAGAUAAAUUGGAAGAUAUUAGGAAGCGUGAAAUCGAUUUGACCCGUGAGCGUAUCCAAAAGGUUCUUGCUUCCGGUGCAAACGUUGUCUUAACAACACGCGGAAUUGACGAUAUGGCAAUGAAGCUUUUUGUUGAAGCAGGUGCAAUUGCAGUAAGACGUGUUGCGCGCGAAGAUAUCCUGCGAAUUUGCAAGCUUACCGGGGCCACUCUGCUAACAACUCUAGCAACACUGGAAGGCACUGAAGCCUUUGAUGCCAGUGCGCUUGGCACUGCAGAAAGCAUCAAUUUGAAGACCUUUGCCUCUGAUGAGUGUCUUUUGAUUGAGACUGGAUCGGCCGUAACGGGAGCUGCCUCGAUCAUCCUUCGUGGUCCCACAAGUAUUGCUCUUGAUGAGAUGGAACGAUCGAUGCACGAUGCCCUGUGUGUUGUCAAACGCACACUUGAAUCAUCAAGUGUGGUUGCUGGCGGUGGUGCAGUCGAAGCUGCCCUUUCUGUGUUUUUGGAGUCAUUCGCAUCGUCGAUUGGCUCGCGCGAGCAGCUUGCUAUUGCCAAGUUUGCAGAGUCGCUUCUGACGAUUCCCAAAUCGCUUGCACUCAAUGCAGGAAAGGAUUCUACCGAACUGAUUGGCCGUCUUAGGGCAUUUCAUUAUAAGAACCAACAGAAUCCCACGGGUGUCUCUGGCCCCCUGUUGACGACCAAUUCGCCUCAUAUGGGGCUCGACCUGAUUCAAGGCACGGUUCGAAAUAAUGCACAGGCCGGUGUUUUAGAGCCAACCAUGGUCAAGCUGAAAGCUUUAAAGGCAGCCACGGAGGCUGCCAUUUCGAUCCUCCGAAUUGACGAUAUGAUUAAGAUCUUUCCAGACGAGAAAAAAGAAUAA